AAAAUUGUUUCUCACCCACCACUCUCAUCACGAAGCUUCAAAAGGGAGAAACCAGAGACUCCUCCCACAUGCACCAAAUAGCUAGCUAGAAUAUUUUUGCAAUGAAUCAAAUGGCCAAAAAGCAGAAAAUUGUGCUUGUUCCCACAAAAACAUGGAAUAUCCGAAGCAGCUUGCAUUCCCUCAUUGCAAUCCUUGUGACUACUGUACUAGUUGCAGCUGUUUAUCUAACCCUAGAUGGUGGACUGCAAUUGUUGUAUCAAGAUUAUUGUCAUAUAACAACCACACUGGAAACUUCAGCAGCAGCCGCAGCUGGGGAAAACCCUAAAUUGCCAAGCAGCAGCAGAUGCAAUUUGUUUUCAGGGAAAUGGGUUUUCGACAACCAGUCUUAUCCUCUGUACAAGGAGAAACAGUGCACUUAUAUGUCAGACCAAUUGGCUUGUGAGAAGUUUGGGAGAAAAGACUUGAGCUAUCAGAACUGGAGGUGGCAGCCUCACCAAUGCGACCUCCCUAGGUUCAACGCGACAGCGUUGCUUGAGAGGCUGAGGAAUAAGAGGCUUGUGUUUGUUGGGGACUCGUUGAAUAGAGGUCAAUGGGUUUCUAUGGUAUGCCUGGUUGACUCAGCCAUCAGUCCAAAGCUCAAAUCCAUGCAGACAAAAUUCAAUGGCUCCUUGCACAUCUUCAAGGCCACUGAAUACAAUGCCACAGUUGAGUUCUACUGGGCCCCAUUGUUGGUGGAGUCAAACUCCGAUGACCCAGUGAACCACCGAUUGCCAGAUCGGAUUGUAAGAGUGCAGGCAAUUGAAAAACAUGCAAGGCACUGGACGGACGCCGACUUUCUUGUUUUCAAUUCAUAUCUUUGGUGGAGAAGGGAUCAAAUGAAUGUCUUGUGGGGAUCUUCUGAGAGCUCAGACGCGAUAUACAAAGAUGUCGAGAUGUUUAGGGUUUAUGAGAUGGCUCUACAGACGUGGUCGGAUUGGUUGGAGGUCCAUGUCAAUCGAACCAAGACGAAAUUGUUUUUUGUUAGCAUGUCACCCACUCACCAAAGUGCUAAAGAAUGGGGUGGGGAAAGUGGUGAGAAUUGCUACAAAGAAACAAAGCCAAUCACUGAGGAGGGAUAUUGGGGAAAUGGAUCAGAUCCCAAAAUGCUACGUUUAGUUGAGAAUGCCCUAGAUGGACUGAAAGUAAGAGGUUUGGAUGUUCAAAUGCUCAACAUAACACAACUCUCAGAAUACAGGAAAGAAGGGCAUCCAUCAAUUUACAGGAAGCAAUGGGAGCCUCUGACUGAAGAACAAGCAUCAAACCCUAGCACUUUUGCAGAUUGCAUACACUGGUGCCUCCCUGGAGUGCCUGACGUGUGGAAUGAGAUUCUCUAUGCUUACAUUUUCCAACAAUGAUAAGUUCAGUUUGGAAAUAAUAAGGUUCCAAACAGAUCAAAACUUGUACCUUUUUUUUAAACGAAUUAGUAAAAACCACGAAUUGUGAAUUAGGAUUGAAUGCAAUAGUUGAUGUGUUGAACACAUCAAACCCAUUGCCGCCCCACAGAAUGUGUAGGAUGAGUUUUUAUUGGGUGUUAAAAGUACUUUUUUUUUUUUAGCUAUAUCUUUCAUCACGUGACAAAAUUGUACAACAAAAUUUCCUCAUAAAUCGUUUAGGUUAAUUUCAUUGA